UUUUUGUUUACAUUGGUGACGCGCGCGCUCUCUCUAUACAUUCGUAUUCAACAGAUUUAUAUCUACAUAUCCUGUACGGCUAGUGCAAGAAGGACAACUUAACACUUUUUUCUUCAUUGAGAAAGCAAAACAAAGUUUGCAAAAAUGGCAGCUUCAAGUUCUUUAAGUAGUGAAGAUAUGGAUAAUUUGGCCAAAUAUUUUGAGAGGUGUAAUCUCGAAUCUCAGGCUGCUGGAUCUAAAAAAUUACCGGAAGAGAAAUUGAAGUUUGCUACUGGUAAAGCUGUCAUGAAGAUGGUUGAACCUGUUAUGGGAGCAGCUAAUGCCAGAUUCUGUGAAAAUUCAGUUAUUGUAAAAUUGUCUGAUAGAACCACGAAGAAAAUGUCUCAAGAAACCUUUAAAACAACAUUUAUUCCCGAAUUAGCCAGUUAUGCUGUAAAAAAUAUCGAAGCUUUAAAGAAAAAGGGAACUACUCAAGAAGAAUACCAAACAAAAUUGUUAGAGGGAAUCAAAAAAGAAUUAAAUAAAGAAAAGAAAGUGGCCAAAGACGCAGCUGUAGUAAACAGAUUAACAGAUGCAUCAGGUUAUACUGGAUCUCAUAAAGAAAGAUUUGAUGCUGAUGGUAAAGGUAAAGGAGGCAGUGGUAGAAAAGACGAGGUUGUUAAUACUGGUUAUGUCGGAAAUUAUAAAAAUGCAGGAACUUAUGCAAACAAAAAAUAAUCUAUUCAUGUUUGACUCAGUUUUUAGAUCUGGGGCGUAGUUAACCCACAAAUGUUCGAAACUUACAAAUAUCAAAACCAACUGCAAUACUUUUGUAAUGUUUUCUUGAGCAAUUAUUUUCGUCCCUGAUAUUUUCAACAUUUUGAAUUCAAUAAUUUUAUAGAUUUUUCGACUUUGAUAUCAAACUGCUGUAGAUUUAUAUGGAAAACAUUCAGAUUUUCAACUUUGUAUCUAAAUACAUGAUUUUUAUGUGCUUCUAUUUAUUUUUGUACCUUUUUUGUUAAACUGCUUCGAUUGUUGCCUUUGAGGGUUAGAUAGGACUAGACUAGAGCUCGGAACGUAAACGGAACGUGGUUAAAUCCCACUUCCUCUGUCACCUCAGAAAAAGAUGCAUUUGUAUUCUGAAUAUAUCCCUGCAAGUUAAUAAUUGUCUAACUCUCAGAUAUGUUGAGAAAAGAAACAUUCCUAUUAUAUAUUUCACCAAUUUCGCCUUUUUUAUCAACUAAUUAUGAAAUUAGUUAUGAUUUGAUAUAUAAUCAAGUAGUUGUUGAUAUGAACUGUCUUGUUAAUUUAAUUUUAUAUUGUCAUUUAUCUUCUAGUUUUAGAUUCACUAUUAAAUAAUGUUAUCAUAAAACCUA